AUGGGUCGCACACCGCUGACGGGCGACGUGAUGACUGAUGACACCCGAACGCAUCGCAACAACAACAACAGCCUGCAGCCGCUCCUUUGUGAGUACUCGAGCCGCUGCGGCCGGGAGGUUGUACGCUACCUGAGGCUUUUAUCCACACCUGUCGCCUGUGUCUUCCCGCUGAGUCUGAGUGGCAGUCUUGGCUUGUCACAAUCCAAUCUGUCCAACCAGGAUUGCAUUGCUGUGCUGGCAGCUCCAGUGGUGCCAGGAGGGGUCUUUGGUCCACCCUGUGAGGCAACCUUGGAGCAGUCUCGUAGGGCGAGGGAGCUGACGUGCUCUGUGAGGGAUGUGCCGGCCUCAUGCUUACGUUGGGGUCGUGGUUCCUUUCAAGUCAGCUCUACAGCCUCCAGGGUGCUGCAGCCUGCCGCCCAGGGGUUCCCAGUCCGCGGCGGCCCGGCUCGCCAGCGUUCCUUUUGCUAUGACUGCAGUGGAAACUCUCGUUGUGGGGGUGCCAGACCGGGCGACAGGGCAGAUUGUCAGUCCCUUGUGACAGAGGUUUCGGCCCUUCUGAAGAAGGGGGCAAUAACAGCCGUCCCCAGUGGCGAGAUGCACCAAGGGUUUUAUUCAACCUACUUCUUGGUUCCGAAAAAGGACGGCGGCCUCUGUCAUAUCUUGAACCUGAAGGGGUUCAAUGGCUUCCUAAAACGCCAGGUGGCCUUCGUCGGCCUUCGUCGGCCUUUGACUAUCAGAGAUCAGCUGGACCGAGAAACACUCAGCUGUUCGAUCUGUCUGGAUCUACUGAAGGAUCCGGUGGGUCUUCCCUGUGGACACAGCUACUGUAUGAGCUGUAUUAAAGGAUGCUGGGAUGGAGAGGAUCAGAGGAAGAUCUACAGCUGCCCUCAGUGCAGAGAGGCCUUCACACCGAGGCCUGUCCUGAAGAAAAACACCAUGUUAGCAGCUUUAGUGGAGCAGCUGAAGAAGACUGGACUCCAAGCUGCUCCUGCUGAUCACUGCUAUGCUGGACCUGAAGAUGUGGCCUGUGAUGUCUGCACUGGGAGGAAGCUGAAAGCCUUCAAGUCCUGUCUGACAUGUCUGAUCUCUUACUGUGAGAAUCACCUCCAGCCUCACUUUGAAUCAACCAAAUUAAAGAAACACAAGCUGGUGGAGCCCUCGGAGAAGCUCCAGGAGAACAUCUGCUCUCGUCAUGAUGAGGUGAUGAAGAUAUUCUGCCGUACAGAUAAGAAGUGUAUCUGUUAUCUGUGCACUAUGGAGGAUCAUAAAGGCCACGACACAGUCCCAGCUGCAGCAGAAAGGACUAAGAGGCAGAAAGAGCUCGAGGUGAGUCGACUAAACAUCCAGCAGAGAAUCCAGGACAGAGAGAAAGAUGUGAAGCUGCUUCAACAGGAGGUGGAGGCCGUCAGUCGCUCUGCUGAUAAAGCAGUGGAGGACAGUGAGAAGAUCUUCACUCAGCUGAUCCGUCUCCUCCAGAAAAGAAGCUCUGAUGUGAAGCAGCAGAUCAGAUCCCAGCAGGAAACUGAAGUGAGUGGAGUCAAAGAGCUUCAGGAGAAGCUGCAGCAGGAGAUCACUGAGCUGAAGAGGAAAGACGCUGAACUGAAGCAGCUCUCACACACAGAGGAUCACAACCAGUUUCUACACAACUACCCCUAUGAAUCCACAGCUGAGUUGUCUGAAAUGGCGCAGAGAGAUCAGCUGGACCGAGACUCAAUCAGCUGUUCCAUCUGUCUGGAUCUACUGAAGGAUCCGGUGACUAUUCCCUGUGGACACAACUACUGUAUGAGCUGUAUUAAAGGAUUCUGGGAUGGAGAGGAUCAGAGGAAGAUCUACAGCUGCCCUCAGUGCAGACAGACCUUCAGACGAAGGCCUGUCCUGAAGAAAAACACCUUGUUAGCAGCUUUAGUGGAGCAGCUGAAGAAGACUGGACUCCAAGCUGCUCCUGCUGAUCACUGCUAUGCUGGACCUGAAGAUGUGGCCUGUGAUGUCUGCACUGGGAGGAAGCUGAAAGCCUUCAAGUCUUGCCUGCAGUGUCUGAUCUCAUACUGUGAGAAUCACCUGCAGCCUCACUUUGAAUCAACCAAAUUAAAGAAACACAAGCUGGUGGAGCCCUCGGAGAAGCUCCAGGAGAACAUCUGCUCUCGUCAUGAUGAGGUGAUGAAGAUAUUCUGCCGUACAGAUAAGAAGUGUAUCUGUUAUCUGUGCACUAUGGAGGAUCAUAAAGGCCACGACACAGUCCCAGCUGCAGCAGAAAGGACUGAGAGGCAGAGAGAGCUCGAGGUGAGACGACUAAACAUCCAGCAGAGAAUCCAGGACAGAGAGAAAGAUGUGAAGCUGCUUCAACAGGAGGUGGAGGCCGUCAGUCGCUCUGCUGAUAAAGCAGUGGAGGACAGUGAGAAGAUCUUCACUCAGCUGAUCCGUCUCCUCCGGAAAAGAAGGUCUGAUGUGAAGCAGCAGAUCAGAUCCCAGCAGGAAACUGAAGUGAGUGGAGUCAAAGAGCUUCAGGAGAAGCUGCAGCAGGAGAUCACUGAGCUGAAGAGGAAAGACGCUGAACUGAAGCAGCUCUCACACACAGAGGAUCAUAACCAGUUUCUACACAACUACCCCUCAGUGUCACAACUCAGUGAACCUACAGACUCAUCCAGCAUCAAUAUCCAUCCUCUCAGAUACUUUGAGGAUGUGACAGCAGCUGUGUUAGAGCUCAGAGAUAAACUACAGGACAUCCUGAGGGACAAAUGGACAAACAUCUCACUGACAGAGACUGAAGUGUACGUUUUACUGCCACAACCAGAACCAGAACCAGAACCCAAGACCAGAGCUGAGUUCUUAAAAUAUUCAUGUGAAAUUACUCUGGAUCCAAACACAGCAAACACAUAUGUGUUAUUAUCUGAGGGGAACAGAAAAGUAGAAUGUACGAGACAACAACAGUCUUAUUCUAGUCACACAGACAGAUUCACUGAUUGUUGUCAGGUCCUGAGUAGAGAGAGUCUGACUGGACGUUGUUACUGGGAGGUGGAGAGGAGAGGAAGAGUUUAUGUAGCAGUCGCAUACAAGAAUAUCAGCAGAGCAGGAGAUGAAUCUGUAUUUGGACGUAAUGACAAAUCUUGGUCUUUAAUUUGUUACAGUAACAGUUAUGAAUUUUGGUUCAACAACAUUAAAACUCCCGUCUCAGUUCCUCUUUCCACCAGAGUCGGAGUGUACCUGGAUCACAGAGCGGGUAUUCUGUCCUUCUACAGCGUCUCUGACACCAUGACUCUCCUCCACAGAGUCCAGACCACAUUCACUCAGCCUCUCUAUGCUGGACUUAGGGUUGGACACACGGCUGAGUUGUGUAAAGUGAAAUAG